AUGAUCGGAAAAUUCAUCUCCGAAACUUACAACAAAGUAAAGAGCAAAGCAGAUGAAGUCAGGUUACAUGUAAGCGUUCAGGCAAUAAAGGCGAAGGAAGUUUUCGGACUCGUCAAACCAACAACUGUAGAACAACUGGAGGUUUUGCUGAACUAUGAGUUGCAGAAAAUAGACACAGCUGAAGCAUUAAUAGAAACAUAUAAAAAAUGGAUAUACCAUUUAUCUCAAUCGGAAAAAAGUGAAGCUAUAAGGUAUUACAAAACUGUUAAUCGGAGCAACGAAAAGAGGGAAUCGGCAAGCUCGACCAUCCCCCCUUUGACCAACACUAAUGAAGAACAUAAAGAUAAUACCUUCCAAGUGAAAGGAAAAAGCGAACAUACCCUAUCAAAUAGCAACAUCACUAGUGCGUGUAACAGUGACCUUAUCGAUGCGCAUGAUUCGUACUGCAAUAGCGAGGAUGAGCCUGCAAGGAGGGAUAUAAAUCCAGAUUUACCAGAUGAAAAUAGUGCAGGAAUAGAAACUCCAUAUAAAUUAAAUGACAUCAUUGAUGCGGAGCCGAAGAGCCACGUAAAGUUAAGCAGCCAAGAGAGUCUUCCAAAUGUUCGAAGCAACACAGUACACGAAAGGAGCAACACGGAGAAGAGUAGAACCAACCCCACAGGCAAAUACGAUCCUGAUCAUAAGACGAACAAAGAACAGCUAGAUAGCUACAUCUAUGAUGAUCACUACGGAUACAAUUUUAAAGAAUUUUUUUUAAAGAGCAACAUACUAGAAAAAUCUAUAAGCCUUAUUUUGGAAAAAAGAGAAAUCAGAUUAUCGCUAGUUGGACCCAUAGAAAAGGACGACUUGGAAAACCCAAGAACCACCAUUCUAACCAUGUUUAGUCACUGCCUAAUUGGAAAUCAAAAGCUCCACAAAGAUAUCCUCUUCAUUAUACUAACAACGGAUAAGCUAUUUGACAAUCACAAAGAAUUAUUUUUAGAACUACUAUCUGUUCUCAAGUAUGAUUACUUAGAUGUGUACUUGAUGAAUAUCAGGAAAAUUAUAUCAGCCGAGGUUCUUUCGUUGAAGAAUAAAAUACAGAUGUACGAUUCGCAAUUCAUCAACUUUAGUAAACUAUCCUCCUCCGACAUCCUCAGCCCCAGCACUAGCAUCUCCUCCAUCGAUUUAGACAAGGAAGAGGACUCAUCCCAACACUACACAUCGCGUAACACAGAGAAGCAAAACGUCGAAGUUCCACCUCCCGCAUGCAGUUUCGAAAGUUUAGAUAGCCAACUCAUUAACGUACAAACAGAAGAUCGUGUUGCACAGUUGUCUAGCGAGCCAAACUCACUUGGAAUAAGGAAAAAAACAAAAUCAGCUAACCAUACGAAUGAGGAAAAUACACUUGAAACGGAAAGAGCGUGGGAAAAUGAAACCCCCCGAACGGAUCUAUACAAAGAAGAUUGCAAGACGGAAUCUCCUACGGAAGAGAAAGAAAUCAUAGAAUCGAACAGAAUGCAACAGAUAAAAAUAUUGGCCUCAGGAAAAUUAAUAGAAUUACACAAAAUGUUACAAAGGAUCCUUCAAGUAGCCACUCAAAAUAGAAAGAAGAGGAAAGUGGAAAUAAAAAUAAAGUUAGAAGAGUUGAAGAAAAUCAUGGAAGUUUGCAAAAAGGAUUGUGAAAUAACGCUACACGAUACGGAAGAUUCAAAAGUACAUAUAGAAAAUGUCUAUGUAAAGGAACUGGACCAUAGAACCAACAGUAUCAACCAAACACAAGAACAAGUAGAUCAAAUGAAGCGUGACAUAGAGGAACUAUUAAAAAAGAAAAAAAACAUAUUCAAUGAGUAUCAAAUUAUAUGCAACGAAAUAAACACAAAAAACAAACAACUAUCUGCAGUAAUGUCCAGUUUAACAAAUUACAAAAAGGAACUAAAUCAAACCGAAAUGGAAUAUUUAAAUAAACUCUCAAACACAAAUAAAGCGAAACAUAUGCACCAGGAGAGGAAAUUAUAUAUAUCAAAUUUGGACAACAUAUCAGAUGAAAUUUUAAAAGAGUAUGAAAAUUCGACUUACAUAAGUACAGAGGAGCUGGUGUCCAAGACGAUGAAAAUGAAAAAGCCACUAAGCAAAGUUAUUACUAAUCAUUUAAUUUAUCUGAAAGAUAAACUUUCCUUACUAAAUACAUUGUUGAAAUUUUAUGUGCAACGGGUGAAUUCCCUGCUGGAGGAACAGCACAAUGAGGGAGAAGGAGCGUUGGGCACGCGUAACGAUGAGUGCGAUAUACAGGAUACGCUCAGCCACUCCGCGGCAGACACCGGAAGCAACCCAAUUGGAGAGAACCCUAACUUAUUUACCUCUUCAAACCAUCAACAGCAGGACAGAAAACUAAAAUUGAUCAAGUACAAAAAGUGCUACUUCAAAAUUAUCGAGCAAAUAAGCAAAGUCUGGGUUGCAAUACAAGAAUUUUACGACCUCAACAAAGAGAACAUAGAAGAUGCUGAAACGGACUGCCCGCCUGAUCUUGUAUAUCAGCAGAUUAACGACCUGUACAAUUACAGCAAGCAAUUUAUCAUGCAAAAUGGCCCCAUCAUUUCCUCAAUUUUAUGA